AUGCACCUCAGCUUCCCCGCGAUCUGCCUCAGCUUCCCCGCGAUCUGCCUCAGCUUCCCCGCGAUCUGCCUCAGCUUCCCCGCGCGCCCAAAAACCCCGCCCGCCCCUCCCGCCCAUACCAGAUCCCCGCAAAUCUCAUACACCAAGACUUCGCCGGCCGUCUCGCAGUUAGGGCCGAGUCCGGCGCCAAUUCUAGUUCUACCAAUAUUCCGACCGGCUCGAAGCGGAAGCAUGAUUCCCCCCCCCUUGGACACCGAUUCUGACUCGGAGGAUUCUCAGACUGGAUUCGACGAUUGGAGCUCGCCCGGUCCUGACUCUGACGACUCUGACGCAGAACGGCCCCACCGCUCUAAGAAACAGAAGGGCAAGCCUUUAGUCACCGAAAUCUUCUACCCAACAUCGCCCGAGACGGGAAGACAGGGUACUGCGAGGCUGUCACCAAGGGGAUGUUCCUCAACGGCGAUAUCGAAGUCGACGGCCGCAGGGCCUACACCGUAA